CCUUUAUGAUGAUCCAUUUCCAUUUAAUGAGUAUUCUCCAACAUCUUCAAAUAAAGAAGUGGUUAUGAAGAAUGAUCAGAAUAAUGGAGAUAUGAAACCAGUCCAGAAUUUCACAACAGUACCAAUCACACAGGCUCUCAACUACAAUCUGAGCAAAGAAGGGCAUUUAGAAAAAGAACCUUGGAAUGCAUUCAGCCAUCAUGGCCCAGUUAAUGUCUCCAUCGACGGAAUUCCUUGCAUUCUCUUCUGGGCCAAAAGAAUAAUGAUUAAAUUUAAGAACCAAACCUGGCUGGACCUUACAGAUGAGACAUUUGGUCAGAAGGUAACAGUGGACCCUGACAACCCAAAUUGCAGUGAAGAAAGUGCUAGGUUGUCUUUGAAGCUUGGUGAUGCUGGAAACCCCAGAAGUCUUGCUAUAAGAUUCGUCCUUACCAAUUACAACAAGUUGUCCAUGCAGAGUUGGUUUAGUUUGCGCCAAGUCGAGAUCAUUUCCAACAAUUCAAUCCAAGCAGUCUUUAACCCAACUGGCGUAUAUGCUCCCUCUGGUUACUCCUACCGCUGCCAACGUGUGGGCAGCCUGCAGCAGGACCAGGCCCUCUUGCUGCCCAGCGACACAGAUGAUGGGUCGAGCCUAUGGGAGGUCACUUUUAUUGAUUUCCAGAUCCAAGGUUUUGCCAUCAAGGGGGGAUGAUUUACCAAGACCCAAGACUGCACCUCCUCCUCCUCACCAGCUCUUCUGAUCGGCCUGGCAACGUCCCUGAUCCUGCUGCUGGUGUUGGCCUACACCCUGCACAUGCUCAUCUACCUGCGAUAUCUGGACCGACAAUACGAUCUCAUCGCCUCUCCUGCCCACUUCUCGCAGCUGAAACCUCGAGACACAGCCGAAGAGAAGGAGCUGCUGAGGAGCCAGGGGGCUGAAUGGUAUGAACUGAGAAGCCAACAGAUCAGCAAAAUCUAUGUUUAGCAGCACAG